CGUUGAGUGUUAUCGAUGGAUAUUGAGAAUACGAAUGAAGAAGCUGAAGAUAAUUUAAAUGAUGAACAACAAUCUGAUAUAUUUUUAUUAGAAAAUAGUUUUCGUUAUCAGAUACUUUCCAUAGAUUUGAGCGAUAUUGGUGAUGAUAUCAAUUUAAACGACGAAAAUCGAACGUUUGAAAUAAAGCAAAGAAAAGAGGGUUUCAAUAAAAACUUAGCGAUAGCCGUAGGAGCUGCAGCUUUAGGAUCAGCUUUUCAACAUGGUUACAACACAGGUGUCAUCAAUAAUCCUCAAGAAGUAAUUAUGAAUUUUACAUCGUCCGUCUUGCAAAAACGAAAUGGUGAACAUCCAACGGAAACGGCACUCACCUUAAUAUGGUCUAUAACGGUUUCUAUUUAUUGUGUGGGAGGAAUGAUAGGUGGCGCAAUAACAGGUUACGUCGCGAAUACAUUUGGAAGAAAAAAGGGUCUUUUAAUGAAUAACAUCAUAGUUUUCUUGGCCGCUUUAUUAGAAGGGGUCUCGAAAUCGGCGAAUUCAUUCGAAAUGAUUAUUUUCGGGCGCUUUUUAAUCGGGAUUAAUUCUGGUUUAAAUGCCGGAUUAGCUCCGAUGUAUCUCUCGGAAAUAUCGCCUGUUAAUCUUCGUGGUGCCAUCGGAUCCGUUUACCAAUUAGUUAUUACAAUUUCGAUUUUAAUCGCUCAAAUCUUGGGGAUCAAUUCGAUAUUAGGAAAUGAUGCUAUGUGGCCAGUUUUGUUGGCAAUCACGGCUUUACCGGCAUUGCUUCAAUUAGCUAUUCUACCUUUAUGUCCAGAAUCCCCGAAAUACCUUUUAUGCACUAAACAGAAACAAACUGAAGCUCAAAAAGCAUUGAUUUGGUUGAGAAGUUCGCCAUCAGUUCAACAAGAAAUGGAUGAAAUGCAACAGGAAGCACAAACAUUAAAAAUGAUUCAAAAAGUUACUUUAAGAGAAUUAAUCGUUCAACCCGCUUUGAGAAUUCCGUUGAUUAUUUCUAUUGUGCUUAUGAUAGCACAACAACUUAGUGGGAUUAAUGCUGUCAUUUUUUAUUCAACGGAAAUAUUUAAAAGUUCGGGACUUACGAUAGAAGCAGCUAGUUAUGCAACUUUAGCCAUUGGAUUUAUAAACGUCGUUAUGACUGUGAUUUCAUUAAUAUUAGUUGAAAAGGCUGGGAGGAAAACUUUAUUACUCAUAGGAUUUGGUGGAAUGUCUAUUGUUACAUUAUUAUUAUCAAUCGCUCUUCAAUAUCAUAAUGUACAAGCUGUUAGUUAUUUAUCAAUUUUCUUAGUGGUGCUUUUUAUAAUUUUAUUUGCAACGGGACCAGGUUCAAUUCCAUGGUUUAUAGUAUCAGAAUUGUUUAAUCAGUCGUCGAGACCAACGGCGACAUCUCUAGCUGUAACUGUAAACUGGAUUGCAAAUUUCUUCGUUGGAAUCGGAUUUUUACCAUUAAAAAAUAUCAUUGGGGCACACGUUUUUAUUAUUUUUACUGUUAUUUUAGUACUUACUGUCGUUUUUACUUAUCGCAAAGUUCCUGAAACAAAAAAUAAAACGAUGGAGGAAAUAUCUACGCUGUUUAGACAACAGUCUUAUCAAUAAAACAUAGUUUUAA